GGAGCUCUGCAGGGAGCACACGUCCCUCGGGAAGAAAACGGCGCUGGCGGCUGGGCCCGCACCGCGGCCGGCCUCGCUGAGCUCCUAGCGCGUGGCCUUUGCGCGUCUGUGUACCCGUCUGCAGCUUGGGGCAGGGUUGGGGCAGAACCGUGGGGUAACUAUUUGCCGUUGCAGCUGAGGAUGACAGCUGCGGUUUGGGGGUCCCCCUUUCUGUGUCCUGGAACUUUGUAGGGCGUGGUUCUGCCUUGGGCCUCAGCACCCGGCCUCCCAGGUCUCCCCUGCCUGCCCAGGCCUGGCCACCUCCCUCUGGGGUCUGGGUUUGGCUCCUGGUUGGUGCUGUCGGCUCCGCAGAUGCCUUUUGCUCUCUGUGAUUCUGUCGCCCAUCUUUGAGCACCUGCUUCCAUGCAGGCGUCCUCUGCAGAGCUCUGGGAGGGACAUGCACUGGGGGUCGCAUCUGGUCACUCCUGGGGGUGCCUCGUCCGCCUGCCCGGCCAUUUUUGGGGUGUCUGCCAUGUCCCCAACAUGCACUUCUUCCUGUCAGCCUUGACCAGGGCAGCUGUUAGUUCUGAGAGGUGGGCAUGUGGUUGGGGAUGUCAGCGAGUAGGAUCUUCCCUUCUAUACACUUGUCAUUAACCUGAGAACAUGGCAGUGGGGGAAGAGAGGCUUGGCCCGGGGUGCACAGGACUGUGGGCUGGUCCUGUCUCUCUGAUGAGUGGGAUGAGCCUUGGUCCAGUCCUGUGGGAUUGGCGCAGAGCCGAUCCCCGCCAUGUCCUGGUGGGACUGGAAGUGCUGGCUGGUCCUAUCUGCCUCCCCCAGGGGCUGGGAGCCCACCACUCUUUGGACGUUUGUAGCGUAAGGUUCCAUUAUCCAGCAGACAGCCACUGUUAACAGUCACUCCGUUAAUUUUUUCUGGAGGAACCCUGGACAGAAGUAGUCAUGCUCUCCAGGAAACGGGCCCCAGGCUCGAGAGGCCCAGUCUCUUCCCUCGGGGCUUAGAGGUGGCCGUCCAGCCACACCUGGUUCCCCAGCAGCCUGGCAGUUUUUCUGGUUUUUCUCCUCUGACUGUCACUUGCCCUCUCAACAUUCUGGGCUAGUGCCCCCAGAAUGUGACCUGGUCUGAGCUGACGGUGGUGUCGCUGAGCCAAGAGGCGUGUGGCUGGCACCACUAGUGUUGCUGAGAACUCUUCAGGCAGCACUUUGUGCCCGGCUGUGCCCUGGUGCUCCCCAUGCAGUGCCCAAGUCAAAGGCGUGUGCCCUGUGAGGUGUUUACCCCGGGUGACUCUCCUUGUAGAAGGACUUAAUGUUUCCACUCCACUCGGGGCUGAAGAGGGCUCCGUCCAGGUGGUGCUGACGGUGCAGGCCUGGCUCAGGGCCCAGGGGUGGCCAGGAGGUGGUGGAGGCAGCAGGCGGUGUCGUACGGGUUCUGCGGUUGAACUGCAUCCCCCGAGGGAACGCUGGUCGGAGCGCCGGGGUUCUCUGGUGGUCGCUGGAUGUUGGUAGUUGUGGGUAAGAGCUCUGUGCCGGGAGUGUCUGGACCCCCGCAUCCUCCAUUGUCGGCUGCAGUGGCCGUUGCCCACUGCUGUCCCCCGCACUGGGUCGGGGUAACCCACAAGGUGCCACCUGCGUCACUGACCGUCCUUUCCAGAAGCCCCUCCGGCCACACACUCCAUGUGGUAUCUCCCACGAGGAAAUGUUUGUUUUUUUUCUUGUGAAGCCAGAAAUUUCUUGGUGGCCCUUUGCCGAGCCAAACGUUAACCUUGAGUUGUCUCUCUGGGCGGCCCCAGGUGGUGCCGGUUCUCACGGGUGUUGAAGGAGAGUGAGGAUGGCCCUGAGGGAAGCCCAGUUGGUUUGGAUGGGGAGGCGUUGGGGCUAUGGCCCUGAGAGAGGUGUGGGCGGUGUUGGGACCAAGCCCCUUCUGCACCCUCUCCUGGCACCGCCAUCAACUCUCCAGGCCUGGUGUGGCCCAAGCCACCCUGCCCGCCUAUGCUACCCUACCCACACGUGCCACCCUGACCUGCUUGUGCCAUCCUACCCGCCCGUGCCACCCUGCCCUCCCGUGCCACUCUUCCCUGCCGCCCGUGUCACCCUGCCCUCCCGUGCCACCCUGACCUGCCACCUGUCUGUGGUGUGAGGGCUCCUGGGCUGCCCUGUCUGCAUGGCUGGCAGGAGCCUCAGAGGCAUCUGAGGCUGCCUCUCCAGUGAUGUCGUGUGUAGAAUGUUGUGUUGGGAAGGGGAGGAAGGGUGUAGCCCUGAUACCCCACAUGUGGUAGGAGCCAGGAAGGUGGCGUUCUGGGGGUUCCUGGAGCUCACAGGUUAUGUGCGUGUGCUCGCUGAACAAACGGGGAAACGUGCGGCUCCACGGAUGUCCUGGAGAGGAAUCUUGCUGGCAGAUCCGUGCCUUUGAUCGCAGCCCCUACGCUGUGUCCUCUGAGCUGUGAUGCAGCCCCGCAGGCCCCAUGGAGUGCGGUGGCUCCCUGGCUCACAGGGAUGCUGCCGUCCGAGGUGCCGUAUCGGCUCGUGGAUGACUUGGGCAGUGUCUUUCUGGGGUGCUGUCGGAGGAGGAGCUGUAUCAACCUGUGGGUGAUGGGCCAUGUCUGUCUGGGGAAGGUUCUGGUGGCCCCAUGCUCUCAGCCCAGUGGCUCCACGCUGCUGUGCGGCUCCCUCUUGGGGGCCUGCCUUCUCUGCCAUUGCAGGGCAGGGUCUCAGUUUCCUCUGGGCGGCAGGCGGCUGUAUCUCAGGACCGGAAGGCUCUGGGUCAGGCUGUGCACAGCCUUCGUUCAUGUCAGCCCCUGGCUGGGCAGCACCGCCAGGCCCUAGUCUUUGGGCCUCCAGGCCUGGACAGCCAGAGGGGGCAUCUCACCAAUGCCUAGAUGGCAGCCGGUGACUCACGGCAGGACAGCUUUGUCACGAGAGGGCCACUAGAGCCCGGAGUAACCAGGGCUUAUGGGGACAGGGCAGGGUGAGGGCCGGUGAGACCGCCCAGCCUUAGGGUGCCCUUCUGGUGGUCGGGGAGCCCUUCCUGGGCAGCGGCUUUAGGGGCUGCUGUGGGGAGGGGGAAGAAGAUGGGGUUGGUGAGGAAGGGCUUUUGGGACACAGUGUCCUGGUAGAGGCCUUGAGGGAGGGGAGCGGACCGGUUGGCCCAGCAGGGCUGGCCGGUGGAGGGACGUGGAGGGUUGGUAGCUGCUGAGCCUGGGUCUGAGCAGGUGGGGAUGGGGACCAGGUGCUGAGGCUGGGGAAGGAACGGAGGUAGCUGCUUGGUCCUGGUGCAUCUUGGUGUCCCCUGGGACUUCCUGGAACCCCCCCGCCCCCCAGUGCCCAGAGACCCGCUGUGGCUGUCUGGAGCGGGGCAGGUCCCACCCCGUGGUGACCCCCAGUGUGCCGGGGCAACCCUGGUCCCUCUCCAGAGUGGACCAAUGCCCAGCACACACGUGGAUCAGGGCCGAGUGGGCAGGCAUGGCCAACAGGAGGGAGGAUCCGGCAAGCAGAUGGUGAUGUGCAUCCAGAGACAGGGCGUUGACAUGUGGCCAGGAGGCUCUGGGGUCAUCGGGCCGCCACCGUGCUGCCCCCCGGGACUUGAUGCCUCCAGAGAACCUGGGGGCUGCUGCCCCUCACCUCACCCCCAUUUUCUUUAAAAUCAGUUUUUGUUUUAGAGCAGUCUUAGAUUUACAGGAAAAUAGGGAGCUAGCACAAGUUUCCCACGUGCUCUACGCUCACUUCCCUCGUGGGUCCGUUGAGUGCUUUCUUACAACAUGAGGUUAAGCGUCUGCAGGGUGAGAACCUGGAGACUGUCCUCGUGUCGCUGAGCUGAGAGCCGUGUGUGGCUGUGAGUUUUUGAUGAGGAAAAGCAGUGUGGGUCCUGGAUUUGGACAGCACAGGCCCGUCUGGGAGCCGUGCGCCUUCACCUUGGAGUGUGUUGGGGAGGUACAGAGCUGGAGCCCUUGACCCUGACCGGCCAGCUCCCUGGCAUGAGGUGCGCAGGGCCUCCAGCAUUGCCCUAGGUGGGGGCUCCAGGACUCGGACGCUGGCUCUCAGUGGGGCAGGUGUGGCCCGGCAGGGGGUGCUUUGUGAGUACACCGUGGCCCCAGGGUGGUGCAGAUGGUGGGCAGACCUGCUCCAGGGCUGUUUUUUGAGGCAGAGGUCCCUGGAGGAGAACCAGGUGCUGGGCCUCAGUUGUCUGUCCUGAACUGGGGCAGCCUUGGAACAAGGAAUCGCAGGAAGUCCCUGUGGCAUGGGGUGCAGCCCCUCAGGUCUGGCAGGGCUCGCCCAGGCAGUGCAGGGCCACAGGAGCCCUGCCACAGGUUCCUCAGCUCGGGAGCUCACAGCUUCCUCACUGCAGGGUCCUCAGUGAGGGCCGGGGUGGCCUUCACACAUCUGCUUCCUCCUCAGAGCCACAGGUAUGGGCACAUACUGGCCAGUAUUGAUAAGCAUUGAGAGGCAUUGAUGGGUAUGGAUGAGCCUCCAGGAGCAGCGGCUGGUGCCAUGUUACUGUGGGCAGUAUUGAGUAUUGGCCGGUCUUGACGAGCAGCAGCCAGUACUGGGCCACCGUGGGUAGCAUUGAUGAGUAUUGACUGGUAUCAAUGAGUAUCAGCUGGUAUCAAUGAGUAUUGGCCCAUAUCAAUGAGUUUGGCCAGUAUUGAUGAGUAUUGGUUGGCGUUGAUGAGUAUCAGCUGGCGUUGAUGAGUAUCGGCUGGCGUUGAUGAGUAUCGGCUGGCGUUGAUGAGUUUGGCUGGGCGUGGGUGGCGCGGUGCCUUGCCCCCUGGCCAGGCUGGCUCGUGGGUGAAAUGUGACAUUCAGGCAGUUUUCUCCUGUCCUUUUAGUUUGUUUUUAUGCGGGAUCCGGGUACCAUGGGGAGAUCCGGCAUUCAGGGCAGGAGGCUGCAGCGCAGGUCGUGGGGGCCCAGGCACAAGCGAUGGGGAUCCCGCUCCACAGUGUUGCUCUUAGGCCCUCCGUCGGGGAGCCCCACACAGCACCUGCCAUGAGGAGUGGUGUUGGGGACCCUGGAUGGGAGGUGCGUGCGUGGGGCUGCACCCCAGCCCCUGUGAUGGUGUCUCUGGAAGCUGGAGACGGUCAGCAUGUAUGCUUGAAUCCUGCAGAGGGAACUGAGGGGUGGAGAUUUGUCUGCGAGGCUUUUGGCAGGGGCGGCCUCACAGCACACUACCAGGGUCUUAAGCUUGGCUGAGUGGCCCCUUCUGGCCUGGCAGGCAGUCGUCUCAGCCCACGCCUGCCACACUGCUGGGCUGGUGGUGGCCGGCUCCUGUCCUGGUCAGCCUGAUGUCAGCUGCACGUUGGGGUCAGCCCCUGUGCUGUGUCUUCAUGCCAGAGCAGGGGCCAGGUGUGGGCAGCUCAGUGACACCCUCCCGAGGGCUGGGCGAUCAUGUGCACUCCUAGCACCCUCUACCUUGCAGGGCUGCAUCCCUGGAAGGCUUGGCCCCCUCAGGUGCCCCCUGCCCCUGUUCAUUCAGCCACUGGGGUUCGUGCCCUCAGCUUCCCGCCAGGCCCUGGCCAUAGCAGUCAGGAAGAGCUGAGCAGUGGUUUUGGGAGAAUCGAGGGAGCGUCGCUGGGAUGCACCGAGGGUCGGAGGUGGAGUCGGCGCGGCUCAGGGCAGGCAGUGCCAGGCUGGAUGCUGGAAAGCCAGCAGCACCUCUCCCGGUGGCUCCUGGGAAGUUCCACGUCCUUGCCUGGUCACAGAGGCCCGGGAAUCGGUGACAUGAGAUAGAAGCUUCCAGAACAGGAGGCAGAGCCUUUCCGCAGUUUCCCUGCCCACAGCACACACCCUGUGUCCUCCGCCCCCUGGUUCUUGGACACUGGGGACAUCUGGGUGCGGCGAGAGCCUGUGGGGGUGGGCGCAGCCCUGGGGACUGUUCCCAGGAGUCGGCCUAGGGACCACAGGGGCGCGGCCUUGGGCCUGGCACUGCGACCUCAGGGUGAGCGCCCUUCGUGUGUGCGGCAGGAGCUGGGGCCCCUGGCUGGCAGCAGGCCCCCGAGUCCAGUAAGACUUUGACCCCGACGCAGGCUUCAGUGAUUGCCGCGGAUCAGAAGCCUGAGCGCUUUGGCUCGAGACAAUUAAGGACGUGGGAUGAGGCUCCGAGACAGGACGCGGUUCUGCCUGGGGAUCCUGAAGAUAAAAAGCUUUGAAAAGUCGAAUUCAUGGUCGUGGAAGCUGAGCCCAUAUUAAGAGAUGUCAGGCGUCCGACCUCCGAUCAUGAAUGGGCCCCUGCACCCGCGGCCCCUGGUGGCGUUGCUGGAUGGCCGGGACUGCACAGUGGAGAUGCCCAUCCUGAAGGACGUGGCCACUGUGGCCUUCUGCGACGCGCAGUCCACGCAGGAGAUCCACGAGAAGGUCCUGAACGAGGCUGUGGGGGCCCUGAUGUACCACACCAUCACACUCACCAGGGAGGACCUGGAGAAGUUCAAAGCCCUCCGCAUCAUCGUCCGGAUUGGCAGUGGUUUUGACAACAUCGACAUCAAGUCGGCCGGGGAUUUAGGCAUCGCCGUCUGCAACGUGCCUGCAGCGUCUGUGGAGGAGACGGCCGACUCGACGCUGUGCCACAUCCUGAACCUGUACCGGCGGGCCACCUGGCUGCACCAGGCGCUGCGGGAGGGUACACGAGUCCAGAGCGUCGAGCAGAUCCGCGAGGUGGCGUCCGGCGCCGCCAGGAUCCGCGGGGAGACCUUGGGCAUCAUCGGACUCGGUCGCGUGGGGCAGGCAGUGGCGCUGCGGGCCAAGGCCUUCGGCUUCAAUGUGCUCUUCUACGACCCUUACCUGUCGGACGGUGUGGAGCGGGCGCUGGGGCUGCAGCGUGUCAGCACCCUGCAGGACCUGCUCUUCCACAGCGACUGCGUGACCCUGCACUGCGGCCUCAACGAGCACAACCACCACCUCAUCAACGACUUCACCGUCAAGCAGAUGAGACAAGGGGCCUUCCUGGUGAACACGGCCCGGGGCGGCCUGGUGGACGAGAAGGCGCUGGCCCAGGCCCUGAAGGAGGGCCGGAUCCGCGGCGCGGCCCUGGACGUGCACGAGUCGGAACCCUUCAGCUUUAGCCAGGGCCCCCUGAAGGAUGCACCCAACCUCAUCUGCACCCCCCAUGCUGCAUGGUACAGCGAGCAGGCGUCCAUCGAGAUGCGAGAGGAGGCGGCACGGGAGAUCCGCAGGGCCAUCACAGGCCGGAUCCCAGACAGCCUGAAGAACUGUGUCAACAAGGACCAUCUGACGGCCGCCACCCACUGGGCCAGCAUGGACCCCGCCGUCGUGCACCCUGAGCUCAACGGGGCUGCCUAUAGCAGGUACCCUCCGGGCGUGGUGGGCGUGGCCCCCACUGGCAUCCCAGCUGCUGUGGAAGGUAUCGUCCCCAGCGCCAUGUCCCUGUCCCACGGCCUGCCCCCUGUGGCCCACCCACCCCACGCCCCUUCUCCUGGCCAAACCGUCAAGCCCGAGGCGGAUAGAGACCACGCCAGUGACCAGUUGUAGCCCGGGAGGAGCUCUCCAGCCUCGGCGCCUGGGCGAAGGGCCCAGAAACCCUCGGACCAGAGUGUGGAGGAGGCACCUGCGUGGCGGCCCUGGCACUGCAGAGACUGGUCCGGGCUGUCAGGAGGCGGGAGGGGGCAGCGCUGGGCCUCGUGUCGCUUGUCGUCGUCCGUCCUGUGGGCGCUCUGCCCUGUGUCCUUCGCGUUCCUUGUUAAGCAGAAGAAGUCAGUAGUUACUCUCCCAUGAACGUUGUCUGUGUACAGUUUUUAGAACAUUACAAAGGAUCUGUUUGCUUAGCUGUCAACAAAAAGAAAACCUGAAGGAGCAUUCGGAAGUCAAUUUGAGGUUUUUUUUGUUUGUUUGUUUGUUUUUUUUUUGUAUGUUGGAACGUGCCCCGGAAUGAGGCAGUUGGCAAACUUCUCAGGACAAUGAAUCCUUCCCGUUUUUCUUUUUAUGCCACACAGUGCAUUGUUUUUUCUACCUGCUUGUCUUAUUUUUAGAAUAAUUUAGAAAAACAAAACAAAGGCUGUUUUUCCUAAUUUUGGCAUGAACCCCCCUUGUUCCAAAUGAAGACGGCAUCACGAAGCAGCUCCAAAAGGAAAAGCUUGGGCGGUGCCCAGCGUGCCCGCUGCCCAUCGACGUCUGUCCUGGGGACGUGGAGGGUGGCAGCGUCCCCGCCUGCACCAGUGCCGUCCUGCUGAUGUGGUAGGCUAGCAAUAUUUUGGUUAAAAUCAUGUUUGUGACUGUAACCAUUUGUAUGAAUUAUUUUAAAGAAAUAAAAAUCCUGGAAAGA